AUGGCUGCAAAGAAGGUGCAUGUGCUGACUGUAGUUGUUUCUGUCUUUCAGAAUUUAAACGAGUAUGUGGACGCAUUAAUUACCUUGAAGCAAAAAAUCAUUAAUACAGAUAAUUUAUUAACAGAAUAUCAGAAGAAAUGUGAUGAGCUGCAGUUCGCAAGAAGAGAGAACAGCACUCUGCACCACCAAGUGGAACAGAUGCUUCAAAAAAUUUCUCCUCUGCAGAAAUGUCAGGAAGAGCUGGGAUCUCUAAAAGCAGAGCUGGAAGAGAAGAAGAGUUCUCUGAAGUUGUACCAGGACACCCAUCAGGAGUAUGCGCGUGUGAAGGAGGAGUGCUUGAAAACAGACGCUCAGAAGAAGAAGCUAGAAGCCAAGGUGAAGAAGCUGGAAGAGGCUGCUGUCAAGCAAACUCAGGACUUCAAGCAGCUGAGGAAUGAGAAGAAGAUCCUGGAGAAGGAAUUCAGGAAGACACAGGAGCGGCUGGAUGAGUUCUCUAAACAGAAAACUGAAAAGGAGUUGAGACAUAUUGGAACACAAAUUUCAAGCGAUUCUUACGGAAGCAUAGAUAAAAGAAAAGUGAAACUGCUUCUGAAGGAGCUCUGGCUCUGCAUCAACACAACACACAGACUACCUGGCGAAGGCAGCAGGUGUGUCCCAGAAAAACCUGCCAAAGAAAACCCCCCCGUACCCGCGGAGUCCAGAGGCGACGGCGCGCCCCCUCCCGCAGGGGCUGGUCCCUUCCGAACUGCCGCUGUGCAGACAUGCCUGACAGAGCUGUCCAUGGAAAUAGAGGGCGACUUCUCUGCCUGUCAGAGUGCGGGCAGAGGGGGGCCCCAUGCGGCUGCUUACUGCCCUGGCCCUGGCACUGGCCGUGGCGCUGGCGCGGGCCCUGACCACCUGUCUGCUGAAGGCCCGCGUCCUGAGGUCUCCGUGCAGAGGAGUGACGAGGACCGCGCCAACAUCUCGGAAGGUGGUCGCUUCUUUGAUGAAGAUCUCCAAGCCGCAGUCGACUUCUUCAGGCUUCCCCCUCCUCUCUUGUCUCCGGUGCCGUCACCCCCUCUGGCGUCCUUACCAGCCCUGAGCAGGCUGCCGUCUUCACUCGCACCCGAAACCUACUUUGGCGAGUAUACCGAUUCCAGUGACGAUGAGUCGUCGCGACCUAGGAACUCUGCUGCUGCGUCGGUUUCAGAAGACGAGACGCCCGCAUCACACUCCUCGGGCACACCCAGACACAGUCCAGGAAGGAGGGGUACCUGGGAGGAAGCCCUCUCGUCACGUGAAGCCCCCCAGACUGAGACUACUUUGGGAGUGAAUGAAGCGAUGGCAGUGGGGUUUGGGACAGCGGCGGCCCUGAGGGAGCCUCCAGCCACACGCUCCUCCGCUCGCGAGGACCCCUGGGCCGCGUGCUCUGAACCCACGAGCGACGGGAGAAGAGGCAUUUUGGAUGAGGCACAGAGAGAGGGUUGGGAGGUGCAGACUGAGAACACACUGGAUGAGACCAUGGGAAGCGUGUACGUGGGGACGUCCGGCAGCCAGGCCCAGGACAGGGUCACGGCCAUCUGCACGGCUGAUGCGCGCCACCCUCCACCCGGCAGCAGGCCAUUCAGUGAGCGCGUGGAACCUGAAGGAAAAACCCUCCUCACCAAAAUGAUAGGAUCGCCCAAAUCACAGUUUACUACAUGGACACGAACUAACGAAAUCCCUUUUGAAUUAAAUCAUGUAUCCAUUUCUGACCACUUUCAGGAAUUGUGUAGAGUAUUGGGAAAAGACAGAGACGUUUUAGGAGCCUCGCCUGAACUGGCAGACGACGCUGGUCACGCAGUGGGCGCCAGAGGGCUCGGUGUUGACACCAGGCCUCCUUCCUCUUCUACCUCCCGAGCGUCGUCCGUCUGCAGUGACUCCCAGCCGUGCGCCGACAUGUACAUCCCUGACCCAGUCCCUGCCGAGCCGCCGUGCCCAGAGCACAGGCCACAGGCUGAAGCCUUCGCCAUGCUAGGCCUGCAGCCUGAGCCCCCAGCGCGUCCUGCCCGAGAGAACCGUCUGGAAAAGAGCUUAUGCGCUUUGAGCCCCGAGUUGGGAGUAUCAGAUUUUAAUAAUCUAAGUAACAGUGAGGUUGAGGGCACAAACCUUGUGACAGGCGUGCCCACAGUCUGCCCGCUUCCACAGUCAGUAUUUAUGAAAGCCAUGAAAGAGGCGCAGUGUCGCAGUCAGGGUCCAAGAACGGAGCCCCCACUGACUAGGGCAGACUCCACAUCGUUGGUGGAGUCUCAGUGCGGCUUGACCAAGAGUGGGUUUGGUUUUGUUAAAAGCCCUUCCUGGCACCACAGUGACCUGUUAAGGAGAGGGAGCGAGGCGGGGCCGAGAGCUCAGUCAGAACAUGAACAGAAGACCGACUGCCAGUCUCAAAAGGCAGCGCCAGCCUUGGGAAACAGAGGGCCGGCACCCACACCUGAACUUGCCCGAGUAAACAACCCCAUGGGGCUCAGGGCCGCUGCGUCACUGUUGCCUAAUCAGGUGUCGGUGAUCACCAAGCAGGCCAGAGCCGACACGGCGCAGGGCGCCAGAUCGGAGCACCAGGGACCACAGAGGACAGAGCCUGCCUUCGUGACGGCAUCUGCAGCGGGACGUGGUGGAGAAAGAGAGGACCCAGCCCACAACGUGCCGGGGUCGGCUGCUGCAGGCAGGACCUCGCCUCAAGUUUCUGCUUUGAGGAGAAAACUAGAUUUCAGUUUUCCAAGUGAUUCUUUACCUGUGGAAAGUUCUCACUGUUCCACCAGUAGCACACUGUCUUUCUCUUGUGAGAACAUGCCAGCCCCGAACCAGGAUGUCCUGACGGAAGCCUCAACCCAGGAAGGGGUGGGGGAGCAGGGCCCACUCCUUCGUGCCCCGAGUCUCGGCUCACCCGGGCUGGCCGGGGAUGGCCACCUUCUGGCCAUGCCUGCACCCGUGUCGAGAAGCUUUCCUGGUGGAGAAGCUCCGUGCGGGAGCUCGGUCACAUCUGGCAGGGAGGCUCCGGCCGUCUCUGAGGAGCCCCCUAGCGGGCGGCAGAGCCUGCAGGGGUCCCUGGAGCAGCCAUCGCGGCCUCCGGGCGCUGCUUCUCCUGAAGACCCCUGCACCUUGGGGACAGCAAGUCUCAGCAGAGAUGAAGAGGCACGUGGGGGCCCUGAGGGCGGCCUGGCCGCGGCUCCCUGUUGUUACACGGGCAUCCGGGAGGCGGGAGGGGGCGACACGGAGGUGGAGGAGAGCGAGGCGCCCAGCGGCAGCGAGGGUGAGAGCGAGCCCGAGGCCGUGAGGGGGGCCGCCGGCGCCUCCGGGGAAGGAGCGGGAGCCCCGGAGGCCAGCGCGGCCGAGAGCAGGCCUUCCGUGGAGGUGGGGUGUCUGGCGUCAGCCCUGCAGGACUUCAACAUCAGCACUCUCCCGGAGAUGGAUGUGCUGUCCACGUCCGAGGUCGUGAUGUUUCUGGAGAGUUGUCAGCUAAGGGAUUAUAGUUCUGGGGACUCUGUUUCCGAAUGUUCUAGCAAAGGAACCCUGAUUAAGGAAAUGAACAAAGAUUUGAAGCAAGACGAGCUGUCAGAAGAGAAGUACCGGAAGCAGCUCUGUGAAGAGGAAGGGCUCGAAACAUCGGAAGAGUGGGUCGAGUCCGAGGAGGAGGAGGAGGAGGAGGAGGAGGCCGGGCCCCUGCAGGGCGCGCCACGGCUCUCCCGGCGCUCCCUGGAGACACUGUCCGAGGUCCUCACCAAGAUCGGCCAGGAGCUUCAGGCUGGCUUCGAGGGCUCCCCAAGCAAAGAUGCUGCCGAUUUCCUGCUCUUAGAUACUCCCGACCCCCUGGCUGCCAGGCCUCCCGGAGAGCAUGGCCCACCUCAGGAAGCCGGGCACCUCGAGUCACACCCCUCAGGGCCGCCCCCUCCAGCUCCCGGCCUGGGCAGCGCCCCCAGCCUGGGCAGCGCCCCCAGCAGCGGCGCAGUAGGGAACGGAAGCGCUCCCGGCGGCCCUGAGGCUGACUCGCACCUCACCAGCCUGGUCCGUGGCGGGCCAGAGGGCCUGUCACAAGUGGCAGAGCACUCAUCCCUGGGCGCAGACUCGGGAGCAGGGCAGAGGGCCGAGGGCGGUGCCAAAGAGGAGGCAGAAUCGACAUUCCAGUGUCAGAUCUCUACAGUAACCUCCGAAGUCAUAAACGUGCUGAUCAAUAAGGAUCAGAACCUAGUCAUUGAAAAGGGGGACCACUGGACCAUCGUCAACGGGGUAGCUCUGAUGCCACACGUGGACCGGCUGAUACUGUGCGACACGCCGCAGGGCCUCCCUGUCCCCCCGGAGCCAGGAGCCCCGGGGGCGGGUCUCAUUUCCGUCACUGCUGUGGACACAUCCCCGGAGACCGGUCACCCCGGCCCCGCCUUUCCGGAGCCCCAGGGUGCCAGCCUUACGGGAGCCCCGGAGGAGACCUCCAAUAGUAGCCAGGGCACCAACUUCGAUAAAAGUCGUUUGCGCAAUAGGCCAGUCAGACCUAGUGUGAGGCUCAGCUCCGAAAUCUACGACCAGAACUUCGAGUCCCAGGUGGUUGCGUCCGAUCACACGUAUUUUAACUCAAAACUAGAGCCGUUCAGCAAGAAUAAGAAUCGAUCAAAGGUGUCCAGCAAAGAGCCGUCAAGCAAGCCGGCCAAGGCCUCAGCAUCAAGCAGAGGCGAAGCCAAUCACAGUGAAGGCCUCCAGGCGUUUCUAGGGGACAGAGAGAGCACAAAGACCCAGAGAAAUCAGACCCAGACCAUCCUAGCCAACGCGGACACGUCAACCCCCACGGACUGUUCUGACACCCUGAGUAAAAUACGGCAGGAGGUGGGCCCCCCCCUGCCGCCCCUGCUCGCCCCUUUGGUCGCUACCCCGCCACGGACGUCCCAGCCGGGGUCCCCUCUGAUCGCCGCGUCCACGCCCCCCUCCCCCGCCUCUCCGAUCGGCCCCCUUUCUCCCUUGUGUGAAAUCCCAGUGCCCCCUUUGAUGUCUCCUUUGCCGGAGGAGCCCGGGUGCCCCUCGCCCCCGUGCACAUCCCCCUCCCCGUCCACCGCACUAGCUGGCGAGAGGAUCCUGUCGUCCCCCCUGCAGUUCUGCGCUGCGACGCCAAAGCACGCCCUGCCCGUGCCGGGCCGCCUGCCCCCCUUCGCUCCUGCCCACCCGGCUGUGGCCGCGCCCCAGGAGAAUUCCGUCAGAAUCCUGGACACCAUGUACCCAGAGCUGUCGGCCAGGGCCCGCACCCUCAGCAUCCUCAAAGGGAACCUCCAGCUCUCUCGGGGCCCGCCUGCUGACUCUAAGAACUCACCAGGGCCUGUCAGCGCCAUCACAGGAUUCAAAGCGAUCACGUCCACCUCCACCGCCUUUGUGAAAACGGGGGGCAGCUCGGGGAGUGACUGUAAUCAGGAUAAGCCAAGAGAUCCGGGGACUCACCAGGAUUCGGGUGGGAAAAGGACGUUGUCCGCAGCUCCACUGAGGAGCGCUAAAAGAUUGCGGCUGGACAGCGGGUCCCCAGAACCGGAGCCUGGGAGCACCGCCACGGAAGGAGUCCACAGGCCCCCCCGAAGGGGCCUCCCUCAGGCGGAAGGCGUGACGGCGGAGGAGGAGAGACAACCUGUCACCGUCAGCCCAGCUGCCCAGCUGCCUCCAAACCCAAAGGAGACGGUGGAGUCCCACGACAAAGCCAUCGCCGGUGCCCUGAAGAAGAUCGCAGAGUCGUCCUUUGACCUCCUGCCUGUCAUUCGGAGCCACGUGUACGUGGGGAACAUCUCCAAAAAGCCUGUGAUGAGAGACCAGGAGAAGGAGGUCGUGUAUGAAUUUAGCACAACCAAAAAGCAUCUAGCAGAGUGCUUGCUCCACUCCAUCCUCUCAGAACUGAAGAUCCAGAAGAUCUCCCUGGAGCGCAAUUACAUCCACGCGCUCUGCAGAGUGUACGUGGGCAUCUGCCGGCAGCUGGGGGACCUGGAGCGCGCCCGCCUGUUCUGCUACAGCCUGCUGAAGGAAGAUUUCCCAGAAUCAGAAAAAUUGACUCUGUUCAUCGCGAACAUGUGGCACGACGUGUUCAUCUCCCAGUCGGUGAUCAACAAGGCCAUGCAGCUGGUCGCCCAGCAGCGCGCCAAGGGGGAGGUCCGGAGCUGCCUGCGAGCCUUCCUCAACUGGGAGAAGACUGCCCCUGUGGAUGUGGGUUUCAUGGUUUCCAAGCUGCUCUUGACCAUACAGCUGUGUCCGAAAACCGAGUUCCAGUCCAGUGAGAAGUUCGGCGAGGACCUGAGUGAUAACACCUGGGAGUACAUACUCGCCAUCGACCUGCUGUGCUGCCACCAGCGGUGGGUCUGGACGCACGACAACAUCAUAAGUAAAGAGCUGUGGCCUGUGAUGGACAAGUGGAUAAAGUACCGGAAAGGACACGCCAACAUCGCAUAUACUCCUGACGUUAUCGUAGCGUCGAUUCUGAGGCUGAUUGGUCGGUUAGGUCAGUUGGGCCUGAAGGAAGGGUUCCCGUCGGCCGUGAAGAACAUCAGUUCGGUCAUCGGCAUGUUCAUCCAGCACGCGCAGGAUGAAGAUAUCCCGUGGGGCAUACAGCUGGCGGCCGUGUACGCGCUGUGCGACCUGAGCCCCAGCAACCCGGCGGAGACCUCGCGCGUCCUGGAGGCCUGGCGCAGGGACACGCCGCGCAGCGUGCCCUCCGCCGUGCUCAGCUGCCUGGAGGAGGUCAGCGCCCUGUGCGCGGGGGGCGUGGCCUAGGCCCGCGGGCCGGCGGAGAGGUGCCUUCACGCGGCUCCGGCCCUGGCGGACGCGUCGCUCUCCGAGCCCCGCCCGGCGCUUCGGAAGGAAGUCGUAGAGGAGAGAAAACGCCCGGUGGCCGUGGCGCGGACAUCGAACCCGGCGGGGGCAGGGCUGCCUUCCCCCAAACCGCAUCCAUUUCACUUACGGCUGUUGUGACUCCAUGACCUGUGGGUUGUGUUAUUGUGGCUUGGUCAAACAACAAAAACUUGAACUUAGCCCUUUUUUGCUGCAGAAAGUGUCCUUUUAGUCGCUUUUUAAAAUUGAGUGGCAUUUUAUAAUGAAUUUAAUAUAAAAGCAUUGAUUUGGUUCCUGAGGUAAUUUUGGACUUGGCGCUGAAAUGGUUGACUGGGAAGAAAUGAAUUGGCUAAGAAAGAUCUAGAAGAUUCUUCCACGGUCUUAGCUGGAAACGGGCUGCCGCAUUGUUUCUCCAGGGAGGGGCGCCACGGGCCAGAGGCAGCCCCGGGAGAGCCUUCGAGCCCCGUCCGGUGUGUCUGCGUCCUGUCGUCCUGUCCCCGCCGAGGGUCGCACCUGGGUCAGGACAGGGCGCCCCGAAGCAGAGGGGCGGGGCGGGGGCUGCCAGCGACUUGUCUCUGGGGCCGGCGUGGGCGGGCCUGUGUGCGCCGUGUCCGUACGGACAGGGCUGGGAUGUGUCACGUCUGAGGAGGUUCCACUUCCGGAAUUGUAGUAUUUGUACAUAGGAGAUGGGUUUAAUAACUCACCGCGGUUCCGAUCUGUCUUAUAUUCGUUUCUUAAAACUCUUGUAUGUGUUUUUUAUAAUAAAAAAUAAAAGGUAAGCCAUGCAUG